AUGGUAUUCGACGACCCAGCGGGUCCCAUGGACGAUGGAACAGGACAUAUUGUCCAUGUAGCAGAUGCAACUAACCUAACUUCGGCGGUUGGAAGUGAAGUGUCCGAGGUGUUUGAAGGGCAAAAGAGUCAUUAUAUCGACGAAAAUCUCAAGUUGAUCAGAUUAAAACGCACCGAGCAUAUUCUUCAAAUUGGUACGUUGUUGACCGUCGUUGGUGAGGCUAUCAAAGAUGAUUCAGGAGAAAUCACAAUCCAAAAGCCAAAGAAAGGGUCUCUCUAUAUCUCUGCUGAGUUGAAAUUGGAUGGCCGAAUCUCUAACGUUGAAGAAAUUUCCAUGCUGUUUAAGUAUGCUUCUGCUGUUUUGAUGGCUUUUGGUGUGCUUGAAACUGCGUUUGCAAUGCUAAAGAGAAGAAAAUGGCUAGCGUUCCGAAGCAGAGCUCUCGCUCUCGCCCUCGCCGCAGCCGCUGGGAAAGCGGAGCAAGAGACGGAAGGUCAGGACUGCGUUGUUUGCCUUGACCGGGAGCCUAAUGCCUUGUUCCUUAAGUGUGGUCAUAACUGCUGCUGCAUGGCAUGUUCGUCGCGUUUGAAACGCUGUCCUCUUUGCCGGAGACGAAUAGAUGAGGCCGUGAAGAUUCGUCGACGUCGAAGAACUUAA